UUUCCCCCACAUUACGUGCCUUUCUCGCUCUCUCUAGACCGACUGUGAAAACAAAUAAUAAACUGUUUCUUUCUUUCUUUCUUUCUUUCUUUUUUCUUAUUUUGUUUUGUAUGAAUGAUGAUGCUUUCAUCGACUUGUUUCAGAAAUUCAAUUGAUUCUAUGAUUUUCAUUUCAAUUCCUUAGGAGAUUCUAUUUCACUUGAAUUGAAGUUCGAUUUUAGGGUUCUGUUUUCUUGAGAAUCAUGAAGAAAAAACCCAUGGAAACCAUACAAGAUCUAAUCGAAGAAGCUAAGCUUCGCACUGUUUGCUGGGCUUUAUUAGUCUUCUUCAUCUCUUACUUCUUAACCCACACUAGCAAAUCUAUGUGGACAAAUAUUCCAAUAGCAGUUAUCUUGCUUUCUGCAUUUCGCUUAUUAUCAUAUGAGGUGGAGCUCAGGUGGAAGGUUCCACAAGUUCAUAGACAGACAUAUCUAUCUCAUCUAGAGAAAAAGAAGUUAUCCGUGGAUGAUCCUCGCCUUUCAACUUUACCCUUUCCAGCAAAAGGGAAGAGAAAGAUUGGUUCUCCUCUCGUGGAGGAUGCUGUUGAUGAGUUUAUUAAUAAGAUUGUACAGGAUUUUGUCGUGGACUUAUGGUAUUCAUCGAUUACAGAGGACACUGAAGCUCCGAAACUGAUGUACUCGGUGAUAAUGGACGUUCUUGGUGAGAUUUCAAGAAGGGUUAAAGAGAUAAACCUUGUCGAUUUGUUAACAAGGGAUAUGGUUGAUCUAAUAGGGAACCAUUUGGAUCUUUACAGAAGAAAUCAGGCUAUGAUUGGUGUGGAAGUAAUGGGAACCUUAUCUUUUGAAGAACGCGACGAAAGGUUAAAACACCAUUUGAUAGCUUCUAAGGAGUUGCAUCCAGCUUUGAUGUCUCCCGAGUGUGAGUGCAAGGUUCUUCAACGGCUCAUGGGAGGACUGCUCGCUGUAGUGUUGAGGCGACAAGAGUCUCAGUGCCCUCUAGUACGAUGCAUUGCCCGAGAGCUUUUAACUAACUUGGUGAUGCAACCUAUUAUGAAUCUGGCUAGCCCUGGGUUUAUCAAUGAAAUAAUUGAGUAUAUUCUGCUCAAUCUUAAGGAUUUCACCAGUAGCGAGGUGGGUGAUAAUUCAGCAACUGAUGCUUCCUCCCGUCGGCAAGAUCAAUCUGAUUCAUUUGAAUUUAGGAAUAACGAGUCUAACUCAAAAAAGAGUAUUGUUUCGUCUAAUCAAGGUAGUGAUAUGUCCUUGAGUAAGACCGGCAGUCAGGAAGUUGCACCGGCGAGUAGUUCUGGCCAAAGCCAUCCACACAAACUUGAUGGAGAUUUUGUGCAUCCACGCUCUGCUGAUUGGGCAAGGGUCUUGGAUGCUGCCACUCAGAGACGAACUGAAGUUCUUGCUCCUGAAAAUCUUGAAAACCUAUGGGCCAGAGGAAGGAACUAUAAACGAAAGAUUGACAGUCGUGAUAAAACUAGACAUCCACCAGCUCAUCCAAAGAAAUCCCCUGGAAUCUACAGUACUGGUUCCAAAAGCUUGGGGAAAGAACCUUUAAUCCACAAACCUGGAGGUUUUGCAGGAGCAGAAGAUACAGUUACGGGGCAGUUCUCUCCUGGAUUAAGUUCUCAAACAAGUGAUGCGGCAAAUACUGAUGCAGUAUUAUGUCAGAAUUUGAACAGGGUUAAGUUCAUUGAUAAUGAUGACGAAGCUGAGAUAUUGGAGGAAUAUGCUACUAAACCAGCUGUGGAGAACAGAGCUCAGCUCAAACGAUCCAAUAGCACUUCUGCUUUAAGAGUAUUGUCUGAUGGUGACAAGUUUAAAAGUGAAGGCAUGACUAUCAUUUCUGAGAAGUUUUACUCCCCUAGUCUUGAUGGGCCUAGAAGAGAGCAAGGUGUCAUGAGUGCUUCUGAUAUGAUAAUUCGCAAUGACGAGCAAUUGCAUGUCCCUAAACUCAAGUGCCGGGUUGUAGGAGCAUACUUUGAGAACACCGGUUCAAAAUCUUUUGCAGUUUAUUCUAUUGCUGUAACAGAUGCAGGAAACAAGACUUGGUUUGUCAAAAGAAGAUACAGAAACUUUGAGCGGCUACACCGGCAUCUUAAGGAUAUACGAAAUUAUACAUUACAUUUACCGCCCAAAAGAUUUCUUUCAUCGAGUGUAGAUGAUAGUUUUGUUCAUCAACGCUGCAUUCAACUGGACCAAUACUUGCAAGAUCUUUUGUCAAUUGCCAAUGUUGCCGAACAACAUGAAGUGUGGGAUUUUUUGAGUGUUUCAUCAAAGAAUUAUUCUUUCGGCAAAUCUACUUCGGUGAUGAAAACACUGGCAGUCAACGUAGAUGAUGCCAUGGAUGAUAUCCUACGCCAGGUGAAAGGGGUUUCUGAUGGCCUAAUGCGCAAGGUUGUUGGCUCAUCUUCAUCUCCUUAUGAAGUUUCUUCAUUGUCGGGUAGAAACUUGUCCUGGAAUGGAGAUGACAUGAAUGGUUCGAACUAUAGUAAGCUUGAAUCAUCACAAAGCUGGACUGAUAAUGAAGAAGGAGGAGACAUGGAUGGGAGUCAUGGGCGUGAGGAUGAUGUUUCUAGCGCGCACGUCAAUGGGUGGCAUUCUGACAAUGAAUUGAACUCAAAAGGUUACCCACCAAGAAUUAUUAAACGUGAUGAGCAGCCCCGUGGAAAUGCUACAUCUACUUCCCUGGUGAUGUCCGAACUUGGGGACGAUCCAGUUGGAGUACCACCUGAGUGGACACCUCCUAACGUUAGCGUGCCCUUGUUGAAUUUGGUUGAUAAUAUAUUUCAACUCAAUAGGAGAGGUUGGCUAAGAAGACAGGUUUUCUGGAUUUCAAAGCAAAUAUUACAGUUAGUUAUGGAAGAUGCUAUUGACGACUGGCUUCUGAUCCAGAUCCAGUGGCUACGGAGAGAUGAUAUUAUUGCUAAAGGGAUCCGUUGGAUACAAGAUGUUCUAUGGCCUGAUGGUAAAUUUUUCAUAAAGAUUGGACUCCGAGGCAGAAUUGAUGAUACUCCACUUGAUCAGAAGUUAGCAGAGACUGCAAGCAGAGUAGCUGGUAGUAGGAUGUCUAAACCAGCUUCAUUUGAGAUGCAGCUAGAAGCAGCGCGCAGAGCUAGUGAUAUCAAAAAGAUGAUGCUCAGUGGGGCCCCAACAGCUUUAGUCAGCUUGAUUGGGCAUAAGCAAUACAGAAGGUGUGCCAGAGACCUGUACUACUUUCUUCAGUCUAAUAUCUGUGUGAAGCAACUAGCAUACGGAAUGUUAGAACUUAUACUUGUCUCAGUUUUCCCUGAGCUGCAAGAUAUCAUUCUUGAUGUACAUGAAAAAUCGCGCUUCCAGUUUGCUGCUUAAGGAAGAGGUGAAUCCAUCAUUUUUGACCAAAAUCAUUUUUUGUUCUUUAGAGAAAAAGGGUGCCUUUUUCACUCUUCUUCUCUGUUUCAUGGUUGUUAGUUUGUUACCUCCUAAUUUGUAUAUGGGGUUGCAUUUAUUAACUGUACAUGGUUGUAAAUUUGAAGUCUUCUCUUAGAAUUUAACUUUGGCUUUAGAGUCCUGCUAGCAGAAAAAAAACACUUUUUAGCUUUGGCCAGUUUUUAAUCUCUGUGCACGUCUACACAUUAAAUGUGUUCAUCAGUUGCCUUUUUGUACUUACCAGUUGCAAGUGUAAUCUUAGUGUGGUAAUUGUACUUAUUAUGGCGUGUUUGCGCUUUUCUAUUAAAGGUUGAAAUUCAUUAUA